AUGUACAGGAAGCAGCACAAGAAGGACCAAACCACCGAUUCCUCAAGGAGAAAGCGAAGGACGCACCAGAAGGUCACACUGCGGUCCAUUGUUGGAGCCUCCCUUGAGGUCAUCCAAAAGAAGCGGAAUGAGAAACCGGAGGUUCGUCAGGCAGCCAGGGAUGCUGCUCUCCGGGAGGUCAAGGAGCGCAUGAGGAAAUCGAAGGACGCGAAAAAGGCCACUGGAGGCAAGACCCAAGCUGGCGGCAAGGUGGAGAAGGCCGCAAGGAGUCGCGGUGGGAAGCAGGGAGGCAAGACCGGUGCUGGUGGACUGAGGUAG